CGCGCGUCAUUGUUUUUCAUUCCGCGCCGAACCUUCGCGCGCGACACACGCGUCGCGUCGUUUGUUGUAUCGUGCGCUUCCGAUUUAUAUUGUGCGUGUUUUAACUCUGUGACAUGUGCUUUGGAAUUGAUUGAGUGACCGCCCUGGAGGGCUGAUUUGUGCUUAUUGUUAUCGGAAUAUUUUUAUUUGGUAACGGCAUGUUGAAACACGUGGCGGUGUCGCCGCACCGCGCCCGCGCCGACUCCGUCAGCCUGUCGUCCUCCGCGUCCUGCUGCAGCCUCGGCAGCCUGGAGCACCGGCACGACUCGGUUGGAGACCUGUCUAAUAGGACGACCACAAUCAAAGUCUACGCCCGCUGCCUUCGUCCAGAUAUCGAAUACAAGACCCUCUCAGUCACCUGGGGGACCCGGGCCAAGGAGGUGGUGGCUACACUACUGGGAAAGUUUCGCAUGAGGCACCGGGACCCUCGGCUGUUCUACCUGAGCAUGGAAGUCAGGGUCAGGGCCGCUGGCCUGCGCACCACGCUCGUGUUGGAUGAUGAUGCAAGACCUGCUGCGCUGCAGGCCUGCCAUCCUAAAGGUUACUCGAAAUUUUCUCUCCAAAUGCGUCCAGGUGGUCUCGUAAAGAUCUACGAUUCAGCAUUGAUGUCGUCAUCCCAAUACAAAUGUCUGCUGACGAGCGAGAGGACGACCGCUGACGAGCUGUUGGCCAUACUGCUGCACUGUUACGAUUCUAAUGAGGGCGUCGAAAGAUUCUCUUUGUAUGAGGUCUGCCCCUCCCAAGAGUACGAGCGCAAGCUGCACCCGGACGACUUACCGCUACUCGUGCAGCGCGCGUGGCCGUCGGACAGCGACUGCCACUUCCGCGUGCGCCGCAACCCGCGCGCCCCGCCCCUCCCGCCGCGCUCGCUGCCCCCCCUCGCCGCGCUGGCCCCGCUGCCGCCCGCACACCCGCCCGCGCCCCUCACCCCGCUCCCCUCCCCCGACGAGACCCAAGACGACGAACCUUCCAGAGCGCUCUCCGCUCUCUCCUUAGAGUCGGACGAUAAUAGAAGAUACAGCCCCGUAUACAAGUUCCCCAGCAUAAGCUACUGUAGAGAAACAAAAAACGACUACUUGUACAUCUGACUAGCGCUGAAUCUAGUGCGAUUCGAGUAUUUGGGAAAGAAAGCGCUCAAAUAUAAGCGGCGCUGAGCUGGGUGCGACGUGUAAAAAUGUAAAGUGUAAAUAUUGGAACGUUUUGUACCAAAGAUCGAGAGGAUUGUACAUUUUUAGGCUAAGGUGUGAAAGGAUUAGAACUAUUUAACAUUCAUACGAAUCACCCAGGUGUUAUUGGAAAGCUAUGAGCUAUAUGUACCUUAACAAUGUCACGAGAACUUGCUUAUUAGGUAUCUGUAAAAAUGUAUCGAUUAAUGCAAUUAGACAUUAUAUUCAGCAUUUUUUUAUAGUACUUUUUUACAAGUUCUGUAUAGACUAGUAUAAGAUGUCAUUGUAAUAACUAAAACGCAAUUUUAUCUUUAAAUAACCAAGAAUUUUAAUAGUAUCCGUAAAAUGUAUAUAAUUUUAUAUAGCCAAUUGUAAAUUUCAUUAGUACAUACAUGUAAUGAUUUCAUUUUAUGCGUAUCGAAAAUAUAUGAAAUUGAUAUAUCUAUAUAUUUUCCGAAAUAUAAUUUAAACAUACACAAAUUCCUUCUGCUAAAGUUACGUUUUAUCAUAUUGGAUAAAUUAAAUAAAAAUUAUAAAUGAGUAAACAUAACUCUCUAGUCUUACGUCAUCUACGUAAAACAAAAUAUUCCUGCAUGAUUAUAACUCCUGUAUACGAAACACUGGGUGUAAAAUUGUAAAUAAAAUAAAUAUAGUGUUAGCUAGUAGACACCAAAGAGGCAAGAUUAGAUAUUUAUCUGUUAUGUAUUGUGAUGUUUAAUUUAUUUAUCUGGGGCGAUGCCCGCACGUGGAGUUUAUCCAUUAGAAUACCUGUAAUAAAUUAAAUGAUUACGUUUUCUUA